AUGGCGGAUACGGGCAAGAGACCCAAGAAGCGCGUCCAGACAUUUGGCCGCAAGAAAAACGCGGUCGCUGUCGCGCUCUGCACGCAAGGCAAGGGAUUGCUGCGCGUCAAUGGCCGCCCUCUGGAGCUUCUCCAGCCGGAUGCUCUGAAAGUGAAAGUCUUCGAGCCUCUUCUUCUCUUGGGAAAGGACAGGUUCCAGGAUAUGGAUAUUCGCGUUCGUGUUAGCGGAGGAGGUUACGUCGCUCAGGUCUACGCUAUCCGCCAAGCUAUCGCCAAGGCAGUCGUCGCCUUCAACCAGAAGUAUGUGGAUGAGGCAACGAAGAAGGAAGUGCGCGACAUCCUGGUGGCGUACGACAGGUCUCUGAUCGUCGCAGACCCCCGCCGGUGCGAGCCGAAGAAGUUCGGUGGUCCCGGUGCUCGCGCGCGCUACCAAAAGUCGUAUCGAUGA